AUGGGUUCACUGGAGCACUCAUUGUCAAGUUUGACUUUGAAUGGCUCACUUAGAGCUAAUGGAGAAAGCUUUGGAGAUGACACAAGAGGGAAGGAUGGUUGGAUUACUUCAAGCAUUGGUCCUGGUGGGGGUUCUGGUGGAACUGUUCUUUUGUUUGUUCAGACUUUGGUACUUGGUGACUCUUCUAUAAUCUCAAGUGCUGGAGGACAGGGUGGUCCUAGCGGUGGUGGGGGUGGAGGUGGUGGAAGGGUUCACUUUCAUUGGUCUAAUAUUCUAGUUGGAGAUGAAUAUGUCCCUCUAGCAAGUGUUAAGGGAAGCAUUAUUACUGGAGGAGGAUUUGGUGGAGGUCAGGGUCUUCCUGGAAAAAAUGGAUCUAUCAGUGGAAUUGCUUGUCCCAGAGGGCUUUAUGGUAUUUUUUGUGAGGAAUGCCCUGUUGGUACAUAUAAAAAUGUCAGUGGGUCUGAUAGAGCUCUUUGUCAUGAUUGCCCUCCUCAUGAGCUUCCAUAUCGUGCCAUUUAUAUACCUAUUCGAGGUGGUGUAGCAGAGACUCCCUGUCCAUACAAAUGCUUAUCUGAUAGAUAUCACAUGCCAAACUGUUAUACAGCUUUUGAAGAGUUGGUAUACACUUUUGGUGGGCCAUGGCUUUUUGGUCUUCUACUGUUGGGUCUUCUUAUCCUUCUUGCUAUAGUUCUCAGUGUCGCAAGAAUGAAAUAUGUAGCCGGGGAUGAUUUACCAGCUGUUACACCUGCUCGAAAUGACACUCGAUUGAACCACUCUUUUCCUUUUCUGGAAUCACUGAAUGAGAUUAUGGAAACAAACAGAAGUGAGGAAUCUCAGAGUCAUGUGCACCGGUUGUAUUUCCAGGGUCCAAAUACAUUCAGUGAACCUUGGCAUCUACCACAUUGUCCUCCAGAGCAAGUUAAAGAUAUUGUAUAUGAAGAUGCCUUCAAUAGAUUUGUGGAUGACAUUAAUAGUUUAGCUACUUAUCACUGGUGGGAAGGGUCUAUUUAUAGUAUUCUUUGUGUCAUUGCGUAUCCCCUUGGUUGGUCAUGGCUUCAAAGGUGUCGGAGAAAGAAAUUACAGAAACUUCGAGAAUUUGUUCGAUCAGAGUAUGAUCAUGCAUGCUUGCGUUCUUGCCGUUCACGAGCACUGUAUGAAGGGCUGAAGGUAGCUGCAACAUCUGAUCUGAUGCUGGCAUAUCUGGAUUUCUUUCUCGGUGGGGAUGAGAAAAGACCUGAUCUGCCUCCUCGUCUUUAUCAAAGAUUUCCCAUGUCUAUACUUUUUGGAGGGGAUGGAAGUUACACGAGUCCUUUCUCUCUUCUUAGUGAUAAUAUUCUUACUAGCAUCAUGAGUCAGUCUGUUCCACCAACUAUAUGGUAUCGAUUAGUAGCUGGUCUUAAUGCUCAAUUACGCUUGGUUCGCCGUGGACAUCUAAAAAUAACUUUUGGCCCUGUCAUCAGUUGGCUUGAUAGUUAUGCUAACCCUAAGUUGGCUACAUAUGGGGUACGUGUUGAUCUUGCAUGGUUUCAGCCUACAGCAUCUGGAUAUUGCCAAUUUGGAAUUCUCGUACAUGCUACCGAGAAUGAAAGCCUUUUACUUUCAAGUCCUAGAAACCCCAUGCAUCGCAUGACAAGCAAUGAACACCUGAUUAUGCCUAGAAGGAUGUCCGGUGGGAUAUUGCAUGCCAAAAGCCUGAGAACACUUAAAGAGAAGAAAACUAUGUACUAUCCGUUUGCUUUUAUUAUUUAUAAUACAAAGCCCAUCGGUCAUCAGGAUCUAGUUGGUCUGGUUAUCUCUAUACUACUACUGGGAGAUUUUAUCCUAGUAUUGCUCACCUUACUUCAGAUGUACUCAUUGUCGCUGUUGAGCUUCUUCUUAGUUUUAUUUGUCCUUCCUCUCGGUGUUCUAUUUCCUUUUCCAUCUGGAAUCAGUGCUUUGUUUAGUCAGGGGCCUAAGCGGUCUGCUGGGCUUGCUCGGCUGUAUGCUUUGUGGAAUCUGAUGUCCCUAGUCAAUGUUGUGGUAGCUUUCUUUUGUGGAUUUAUACAUUAUACAAUUCAUUCACAUAACAAGCUUUCCACCUUUCAAUCCUGGAGUUUUAGUAUGGAUGAAAGUGAAUGGUGGAUACUUCCUUCUGGUCUGGCCCUCUGUAAAAUUAUUCAAGCGCGUCUGGUUGAUUGUCAUGUAGCUAACCAGGAAAUACAAGAUCCCUCAUUGUAUAGCAGUGACACUAACGUAUUCUGGAAUUCUUGA